AUGGACCCGGACUCGUCCAAUUUAUCUCUACAUCUUCCCCGAAUCCUAUGUUUUCAUGGGGGAGGGAGCAACGCGACAAUCUUUCGCUUCCAGUGUCGCGUCCUCCGAGCGCAUCUUCGAUCCGUCUUCCGCCUCUGCUUUGUGGAAGCACCAUUUGAAAGUGAACCGGGUCCCGAUGUGACCCUCGUAUACAGGGAUUACGGUCCCUUUCGCCGCUGGAUCUGCUGGAAAGAAGAGCAUCCACGCUAUCCCCCGGCCGAUGCUGUCAGGGCGAUUGAGACGGCUAUCCAGACAGUGAUAGAGGAAGACAACAGCAAAGGUGCGACUGGAGAAUUUGUUGGAGUGCUGGGCUUCAGCCAGGGAGCACGCCUUGCUGCCAGCUUGCUUUACCGCCAGCAGCUCCAAGCAGAAGCUGGGGGCAAGUUGGUUCCACUGCAAACCAGCUUUCAGUUCGGAGUCCUCUUAGCCGGUCGUGGACCGCUUGUCAUCCUUGAUUCUAACCGCCAGGCUACUUCGUCACCGCUGGCUGCGGGUCGUGAUGUGCUAGGGGCGGCCUGCGUGGACGAUCAUUGUCAGAUUGGUAACCGAAGACCUAUCCUCCGGGUGCCAACCCUUCAUGUACACGGCCUGCAAGAUGAAGGUUUAGCCUUUCACAGAUCUUUCCUACAAAAAUACCAUUCAAGAGAGAGUACUGUACUGCUUGAAUGGGAUGGCAUGCACAGGGUUCCCAUAGAAAGCGGGGUCGUGGCAUCCAUUGUUCAAGAAAUGUUACGCCUUGCAGAAAGAACAGGCGCACUAAGCAAUUAA